UCGAAUGUUUCUAACUCUCCAUCCUCCAGCUUCUAGUGCCAGGCACCACCUAGAAAGGACAGCAGGGCCCAGCCUCAGCACCCUCAAUGUGCCAAGUGGAGUUUGAGAUGGCCUGCGCUGCCAUCAAGCAAUUGAAGGCGCCGGUGAGCGAUCAGGAGAAAUUGUUGGUGUACAGCUAUUACAAACAGGCCACCCAGGGCGACUGCAACAUCCCAGCCCCACCUGCCACCGACCUGAAAGCCAAGGCCAAGUGGGAGGCAUGGAAUGUAAAUAAAGGGAUGUCCAAGAUGGAUGCCAUGAGGAUCUACAUUGCCAAAGUGGAAGAACUAAAGAAAAAUGAAGCUGGUUAGGGAGGACAGGGUAGCAGGGUGGCUCUGGUAGGGAAGGAGGCAGUUUUAAAGACCUUUUGAGGGCCGAAGUGUCCUGAGGCUGUA